AAAUGAAAUAACAGUAGACCUGGGACUCUCUGUCGGUGCAUCUACAGCAGAUAUGAAUCCUGAGGGUUUCCUUUCAAAAACAGAAGAAAGACGACGCAUCCAGCUCAGUGAACACUGACUUCUCAAGAUGAAGUGCCCAGGUUGUCGCCAUACUAUUUCGGAGAAGAACGCCAAGUUUUGCAGUGAGUGUGGCCAUAAGCUAUCUGUUCAACCUGCAAAAACUCAGGAUACAACAGAUCAGCCCAAACCCUUGGUAGCAGACUCAGAAAGUGCAUCAGAGAAAUCAGUUUCAGAAAAUGUGGACAACAAAGAGUCCAAUAGAUCCCCCAAACGACCAAAUGAUGAGACCAUCAGCAACCCAAAGAAAAAGAAAAAAAAGAGGAAGAGGAAACAAAAAGAAGAAAGAAGCGCGCGCCUUGUCAUCAGACCCAAAGACAUGUCUCAUGUCUCACCUGGGAGACAGCCAGGGGAAAGAAGACUCGGGGCCCGGGCAGACUCUUCUGACAGUGAAAGCUCCAGAAAAUGCAAUGGACUGAGACACCAAGAGUCGCCUCCAAGAUGGCCUCCUUCACCAUUAGAGGCAACAACUCCGAUACAUUCUGGGGACGCUCCAGGUAUCACUGUUGAGGGAGAGAGCAAUGCACUGAAAUCAGCUCAGGAUCAGGCUCCCAACACAGCACCAGCUGACACUCCGACUCCCAUCUCAGAAGACAGCAAGAGUGACAAACAAGAGGUUCAGAGUGAAAAGGAGGCUUUAGCAUUAGAGGCAAGAACUCCGAUACAUUCUGGGGACGCUCCAGGUAUCACUGUUGAGGGAGAGAGCAAUGCACUGAAAUCAGCUCAGGAUCAGGCUCCCAACACAGCACCAGCUGACACUCCGACUCCCAUCUCAGAAGACAGCAAGAGUGAGAGCAAGACAGUAACUUCUCAGGCAGGUUCAGGCAAAGGGAACAAGGCAACAAACCUACAAGAUGAAAAGACUGAAAAGAAAGGCUCAAAGAAAAAGAAAGACUUGGACGCCAAUAAACCACCUGCAAUGGACCAGAAUGCCAACGUAGAGAAAAAUGAGAAGCAGACAGGACAAAGCAAACAGAAAGGAAAGAGUCAGCAGGAGCAGAAACAGAAUCCGAUGGUGUUUGGGCCUCAAACACCUUCAAAGGCUGACCCCACAGGCUCCAGUGUCGACGCGGAGGAGACCCUGGGGGCUCAGCAGUCUGGCAGCGAGAAGGACUCAACGGCAGAACAAACCCCCAACAAGGGAAGUAAACAGGACAGCAAGGAGCCCAGCACUCAUGCUGAACCGCCUCCCAAAAGGUCCACCAGGAACAAGAACAUUGCUGCACGGGAAAGACUCACAAUUUACUUUCAUGCAGUUCUCUCAAAGGAUUUCAAAUUUGAUCCUGAUAAAGAUCGUAUCUUCAUCAGGGCUGGGCAAACCAUUGGAACGUGGGACGAAAAUGCAGUUGAGCUGUCUGUGACCAGGGAUCUUGGAGAACAUGGUUUUCUGGUUGAGGGCAGUCUGACUACAAUCAAAGCUGAAGCUGUAUCUGAGCCAAUACCGUACAAAUAUGUUGUCUAUAACAAAAAAAAGAGCAAAUACGAGUUUGAGUACAUAUACAAACUGGAUUCUACUCACCAAACUACCAACAGGUGUUUGUUUGUGAAACCCGGCCUUGUCACUGACGACGGGGACUGGCAUCAAUAUGAUGACAUCAUUUGUGCCGAGUCAUCGAAGACCGUGCUCAAUAAAUUGACGAAUAAAAUAAAAGAAACGUUCUGGCCUGACCAAAGGAAGAAUCUGAUUCAAGGCAGAGAGAUCGCAGGGAACAUCAUGCUGGAGUCCAUAUUUGAUCUUCUCAGGAGCUGGACUGAUACCAAUUUGAGAAGUUUUUUGAUCCAGCUGAAUCAGUUCUGUCAAGUUUAUGGAGAGCCUUUUGUAUUUGAAGAAAGACAAAAGAAGUGGUACUCCUUAAACUAUGGGGAAGAGGAGGUGAGAAAGAUGCUGAAAGAAUUCAUGCUGACAAAGGUUAUUCCUCUGAGGAAGGAUGGAGGUGGGGAGAUGCUCUACACUCAGGAUCCCAUGAGAGCAGCUGUGAUCAUGCUCUGUGUAUGGAGACAGCAUCAAUUCAGACUGGAACAUGGUGAACUCAAUCAGCUCUGCAAUAUGCUCCGUUUACCCAAACGGGACAAAGAAGAGUUCCUCAGUUACUGGGAAGAGUUUUCUCAGGAUGUCGCUAUUAUCAACAAAAAUCUGACAGAUAUGUUGGUGUAUCUGAUCAAAACUGUGAAAACAGCGAGAAUGCCUCGAUGGAUUCUGGUCCUGCCGCUCUUCCACCUUCUCAAAGGCAACACGAAGCCCUUUGAAGUACCAACUUCUGGAAACUCAAAGUAUGGUGUAGCCUGGGCAGGUUUGCAAGGCCUUGAAAUUGGUACCCCAGCAGCAUACAUGAACAGUGAAGACAGGAAGUCUCUAGUGAAUCUGAUGAAAAACAACAGUCACUUGAUGGAAGUGGAUGCACUUUUUGUGCGAUCCUGCAUGUUCCUGAUCCCAUUGGAUGAUCUGAUGGAGUGUAACCUCAUUGACAUCGAGCUUUUGGACAUGCUUCAUGUUUUCACUAACAAGGCUCCUCAGGAUAUUACGAGCAGUAACUACCAGACAGUAUCUCCAAUUCUCUCACAUAUCCAAGAAAAGCUUGUUGAAGAAAAGUACAGCCUUUUAACUGAGGCGUAUAGGCAAGAGUGCCUUGACACAUCAGUGAAACUGUUGGAAAAGCUCUGCAAGGGAGUCAAGCCGGCAUCUUAUACCCAGAACUACCCGGAUGUAACUGUAGCUUGCAUGAAUCUGGUUGCAUCCGUGUCAGACUUUGUUCACAGUAACAAGCCACAGGAGACUCAGAAAGGAGAGAACGAGCAGCAUUACGCUAAAGAACUGAUCUCUCGGGCGAUGUCCAUCAUGAGAAACUGGAUCAGUCAAUCCUACAGACAUGGUUUGCUAAACAGGGCAAUUUCAUCCAUGUACACCAGAGUUGAAGCCACAGCAGAGACUGAAAUGUGGAACAACAUCAUGUCCAUCCAAUUCAAGGAUAAAGAUUGCACAAAAGUAUGGAGAGAGACAUUCACAAAGGAUUUUGAGGGCAAAUACAAACAGGAAUCUGCUGUGGAUCAAAUUGAGUUUUACUGCACAAAGAUAGAGGAACUCACUAAAUCCUAUCCACUCGUUGCUGCUAGUGUCGAGAGGUGUGCUCUUGAGGCUGUUACAUCUUUAUGCCAGACUAAGUCUGAGGGGAAGCUGUUGGAGAAAUUCAAGGUGAACUGGAAGUUCGGGAAACUCAUAUCAGCCAUUAUCGAGAAAUCCUGGCCAAAGGACCGUCAAGGAAAUUAUCAGGAUGAUGAACAAUUGGUCCUUCAGCACCUACUCUCCUGGACUGCCGCCAAAGACUAUUUCAAACUACAUGGCGCAGAUGAGAAGCUGAUCAAUGAGCUCUCUCAAGAUGCCAGGGACCAAAUCGCCAUUGCAAUAUCAUCAUUCACAGCCGUCAACAAUCAACUGGUCCGUGGAACCAUAAAGACCAGCCUGCUGAAAAUCAUUUUGGACAGGAAAGCCGCCUUCUUAGAUCUGCUGAAGAUUGAAUGCCUCUCUGAGAAUGAACAAUACAGGGAUAAUGGCAAAAUGAAGAGGCUGUUACAAUGCAGAGAGGAUGAAUUGAACAAUGUGUACCAUGAGAAGGAGCUUGUGGACAUUGUCUUAACAAUGAGCCACAAACUUGGGGAACAUAUGACAGUUGAUCUUGAGGACAUGGAAGAGAGAAAGCAUGUGAACGUGGAAUCGAUGCAGCUGAACCAUUUUAUGGAGGUUCAUCCAUUUGAUCAGCUGUCCCCACCUGAUGCGGGUGUUGUCACCUACUUUAAACUGGGUGAAGAAAUCAAAAACAUGGCCGAGAUCCUGUUCACCUUCAGAGACAGUCAUAUAUUCAAAGUGUGUUGGGAGAAUCAAGCCAAACUCAUGGUUGCAGAAGAAAUGCCAGAUGCCGACCCUGGUGCACUUCAAAUAGCGGACAUUAAUGCAACACCAGAAAUGAUACACGAUGACAUUUUCGAGCCUUGCUAUGGUGAAUACAAAGACAUCUACACUCGUCUGAAGAAUAGCAGUAUAACGCUCGAGGAGGUAAACCAGCUUUUCCAUGAUUACAAGGGCAGGUACGAAGAGCUUGCAAAGGACCUGGAAAUCAUGUGCAGAAUUGAUAAAUCCACUGACAAACAGUGGAUCCACAGCAGGGUUCAACAGAUCGAGCAGUAUCACGAACUUCAUCUAGCUGUGGCCUCAGCUCAAAUUAUCAUGAAGGUCAAAGAGGCGCUUUGUCUCCAGGGGGACUUCAGGGUUCUGGAGACACUCACUGAAGUUAGCCAGGCAGACUUCCAGAACGAGCCGCUGAAUCGGAUUGACAAUCACUUGAUCCAGGCAAAGAUAGUGCUGGUGGACAUCACUGAGGCUCGCAGACUGUGCCUGCAGGAGCUGGGACUCCGAGGACACUUUGUAAACUGGGUUAAAGAUUCACUUGAAGAUAUCAAUGAGUUGAAGGUGUUCGUUGACCUGGCUUCCAUCUCCGCGGGAGAGAAUGACAUGGAUGUGGAUCGUGUCGCCUGCUUCCAUGAUGCUGUCCAAGGAUAUUCUUCAAUGCUUUAUGAGCUCAAACAAGAUGCUGGUUUCAACAUCUUCAAAGAGGUGCUCGAGAAGCUCUGGAAAGCUUUGAAGAAUGACAGCAAACUACCAGAUAAACUGAGGGACAGUGCACGGCAUUUGGAAUGGCUGAAGACUGUGAAGGACAGUCAUGGAUCGGUGGAGCUGUCAUCUCUUUCCUUAGCAUCAGCCAUCAACAGCAAGGGUAUCUACCUCAUCAGUGCACAAAAUGUAAAAAAGUUGAGUCUUGACUCCGCCCUGAAGCUGCAGAUUCCAGAGGAGAAUGAUGAGGGUCAGAGGAUGCGCUGGUAUUCUCUUGAGGACCUUCGAGAGCUGCAGAACAAACUUAUGCUCAUGUCUGGCAAAGGUGAUCAAGGGCAGAAUGAAGUUGAUCACUUUGCAGAGGUUUUUGCUAGUGUUCAAAGACUAGCUGAGGCAUUCAUUGCCCUCUACACUGCUGGGAAUCCUCUUUUCAGGCACUGGGAAGCACAGAUCAACUGCAGUUUGAGCAGUAAGGAACCCAGCAUUAUGAUGGACUUCAACCUGGGCAGUGUUCUCAGUGUUGUCAUUGUGGAGGGCAGCAUAGUAGAGCAGCUUCCUGAAUUUUGCAGGAAAAUUGAGAAAUGCCUAGAUUAUUGGAUGAACUUUGUGGACAAACAGAGGUCCGAGCAUUACUACCUGAACUACUACACAGCCGAACAGAUUGUCUACCUCUGCAGCCAGUUGACUCAGCAAAAUGUGGCCAAAAUUGAGGACCAAGUUCUCAUGAUGCUCUCAUUUGUCAAGCCAAAUUGCACAGCUUCAGACUUGAGGCAGGUCUGGCAUACACUCCAGUAUGAGAUCCUCACCAAACCACAAGAGCAAAAUGAAGAAAUUGAGUAUCAGACUUUUGUUAUCGUGCCAACAAGUGAGCUGGGAGACACAGACUUUGCCAAUGAGAUGGAUUCUCUCAGUCUUGUUGUCCAAGCAAAUGGUGUGCAAACAUUUUAUCAGAUAUGGAAUGCUUAUAUGAAAGACAUGAAAACUUAUCUUCCACACAUUCUUGAUAUACAAAGUCUUGGAAGACUGUUGGAAUUACUAGCCAACAAAGAAGAAGAUAGUGAAGAAGAUGAGAGUGAUGAAGACAUUUCUGAUGAUGACACCAGACAUUUAAUUCAGAGGCAGCUACCCAAAGGCCUGGCCGCCGGAAAUCCAAACCUCAUUGUUUGCCCGCACGGUGAGGUGUUGACAUCUUGCAUCUCCAUUUACAUGAGUAGUGAAGCAGAGUCACUUCCCACCUAUGAUGAAGUCCUUCUGUGCAACUCAUCAACAUCGUACGAACAGGUGGAGCUAUUCCUCAGACGCUGUCUCAGCCAAGGGUACAGGGGACAGAAGAUAUACACUCUGCUGUACGGAGAUCUGCUCACUUAUGAUGUGAGCUCUAAAGUUGAGAACUUUUUUCAGAGAAGGAAAAUGCAGAGCCGAAAAGACUAUAGACUUGUCCUCAUCUGCAGCUCUGAAAGAGAACAUGCCUAUCUUCCUUCAGCCUUCAGCCAGUACAGAUUGCACAUGGUUCCCCAGGAGCCAUUGGACGGGAUCGAGAGAUACCUCCACAAACACUACGUUGUUCCAGCAGAUCGAUGCAGCGCUGCAGCUGUGUUCAAAGACCGCCUGCGCGUCGGUGUUGUGUCAUCCAAAAGGGCUGGUGUUGGUAAAUCUCUCUACAUCAAGAGGUUGUAUGAAAAACUGAAACACUCCAAAAAGCCAUCAAGGAUGAAAUGCAUUCGCCUGAUUGAACCAAAUGUUGACGAGAAUGUCAUCCUUCAAUCUUUGUUGAACACCCCCAAAGGUGAAGAACUCACGAUGUUCCAUUUUGACGUCACAUCAUCGGUGCAGAAAGGUCUCCAUGAGUUUCUUUUCAAAUUGUUGAUCCUGCGCUAUUUGAUGGACUCUGAGGGAAAGACGUGGAAGUGCAGUGACAAGCAGCUGUAUCUCAUUGAGAUGUUAGAGCCGACUGACAUGUCAACUAGAAAUGUUUCACGGCAGGCCGAAACUUUGAACAGCACAUUCACACGUUUGUUUCCAAAUAUUUUCUGCCGACCACCCAAAGAAGUGCUAAUGUUGGAGAUCAAGAAGCAAGAUGAUCCUUCUUUUGAGACCAAUGAAGAACCACUAAUGGAUAAAGAAGAAUACAGAAGUGCAGCCUUUCAGCGGCCAUACCAGUAUCUCACACGGUUUCAUAACCACAAUGAUCUUGAUUUGUUCAAAUACCAAGAUGUUGAAGGGUCACAGGUUGAAUGCCUUCAGAUGCUUCUCAUGUUCUGUGGAAUGAUGGAUCCAUCCUGGGCAGAGCUGAGAAAUUUUGCAUGGUUCCUCAAUCUUCAGCUGAAAGACUGUGAGUCAUCAGUUUUUUGUGACCCUGAGUUAACGGGAGACACUGGAUUGACUGGUUUCAAAACCUUUGUGGUGGACUUCAUGAUUCUGAUGGCAAAAGACUUUGCCACUCCAUCACUAAGCAUCUCUGACCAGAGUCCUGGCAGGCUGCAGAUGGACAUGACUGGUGUCAGAGACGAAGACUUGGCUCCUUUUCUGAUCAGAAAGAGAUGGGAAACAGAACCACAUCCAUACAUCUUCUUUAAUGAUGACCAUGUGUCCAUGACCUUUAUUGGCUUCCAUCUUGAGCCCAAUGGACCGAACUCUGUUGAUGCCAUCGAUCCCACUUCUGGAAGGGUGAUAAAAAAGAAUGUCAUGACAAAGGCAUUGUAUGAAGGCCUCAAACUACAGAGAGUCCCUUUCAACAUGGACUUUGAUGUCCUUCCAAGAGGAGAGAAAAUAGAGCGACUCUGCAAUGUUCUUGGUAUCCAGUGGCCCCUUGACCCUGAUGAAACCUAUGAGCUUACCACUGACAACAUACUGAAGAUGUUAGCAAUCCAUAUGCGCUUCAGGUGUGGCAUCCCUGUCAUUAUCAUGGGAGAGACAGGUUGUGGUAAGACAAGGCUCAUUAAAUUCCUUUGUGAGUUGCGAAGGAGUGGAGUGGCCACUGAGAACAUGAAACUGGUCAAGGUGCAUGGGGGCACAACUUCUGAGAUGAUUUACACCAAGAUCAGAGAAGCUCAAGACCUUGCUUCGAUCAACAAGGGAGACUAUGGUUUUGAAUCUGUUCUCUUUUUUGAUGAAGCCAACACAACCGAUGCCAUUAGCAGUAUUAAGGAGGUCCUCUGUGACAAGACAGUCAAGGGGGAAAGUUUGACAUCCGACUGUGGAUUGCAGAUCAUUGCAGCAUGCAACCCUUACCGAAAGCACACGGAUGAGAUGAUUCAGAGGUUAGAAUCUGCCGGCCUUGGGUACAGAGUUCGGGCUGAAGAGUCAGAUGAAAAGCUUGGGUCCAUUCCCCUCCGACAGUUAGUCUACAGAGUUCAAGCAUUACCACCAAGCAUGAUUCCUCUGGUGUGGGACUUUGGACAGUUAAACGAUCAAACAGAGAAAAUAUACAUCCAGCAGAUUGUGCAAAGAGUGGUUGAAAAAAAGGCCAUUCAUCAAACUUACAUCAAGUGCAUCACUGAUGUCCUCUCAGCUUCACAGAAGUACAUGCGGACAAAAAAGGAUGAAUGCAGCUUUGUCAGCCUGAGAGAUGUCGAACGCUGCAUGCAGUCUUUUGUUUGGUUCCACGACAACCACAUCAAGUUGUUUGCAGAGCUAAAAGAUUUUGAGAGUAAACAGAAAGCUGAGAAGAAUGAAAGGCAUCACAGACAGCAGGAGGAGGUCAGAGACCCUGUUCUCUGGUCUCUAGUCAUGGCCAUUGGAGUGUGCUACCAUGCCUGCUUAGAGAAAAAGGAAAAAUACAGACAGAAAAUCAGCAAAAGCCUACAACCACCAUACAGCCCAGAAAAAGUAAUGCAGGAAAUCACACUAAUGCAGGAUUUGCUUUUGAGCGGUGUUCCAAUGGGGGAUACCAUUGCGAGAAACAGCGCACUGAAAGAGAAUGUCUUCAUGAUGGUCAUCUGCAUUGAGCUAAAAAUCCCUCUCUUCCUAGUUGGGAAACCUGGCAGUUCAAAAUCUCUGUCUAAAACUCUUGUGGCUGAUGCAAUGCAGGGCCAAGCUGCUCAUUCAGAUCUCUACAAAGGGUUUAAACAAAUCCAUUUGGUCUCCUUCCAGUGUAGCCCUCAUUCAACACCAGAAGGCAUCAUUAAUACAUUCAAACAAUGCGGACGCUUCCAGGAAGGAAAGAACCUGGCUGAGUACAUUUCAGUCGUGGUUCUUGAUGAGAUUGGUCUGGCUGAGGACUCUCCAAAAAUGCCACUGAAAACCCUCCAUCCACUGCUAGAAGAGGGAUGCAUUGAUGAUGAGCCACUACCACACAAAAAGGUUGGAUUCAUAGGCAUCUCAAACUGGGCUUUAGACCCUGCAAAGAUGAACAGAGGCAUUUUUGUCUCCCGUGGUGACCCUGAUGAGAGGGAACUCAUUGAGAGUGCUAAAGGCAUAUGCAAAUCUGAUGCAAUGGUUUUGGAGAAAGUCAGGGAUUUAUUCCAGCCCUUUGCAAAAGCCUACUUGAACGUCUGUAAAAAAGGCAAAGGCUUUUUUGGCCUACGCGACUAUUACAGCUUGAUUAAGAUGAUUUUUGCAGUGGCCAAAGCUUCUCAAAGGAAUCCCACUCCAGAAGAAACCAUAAAGGCAGUGUUGAGAAAUUUCAGUGGAAAGGAUGAUGUUGACGCAGUUUCCGUCUUUACCAAAAGAAUGAAUUUUCCACAGGACCUGGAUAACAUCAGUGCCAUUGAGUUUGUGAAGGAAAAUAUUCAGUCGGUUGGACAAGAAGAAUGUCGUUACCUGCUGGUACUGACAAAAAACUAUGCAGCGCUACAAAUCUUGCAGCAAACCUUCUUUUCAGAAAAUGGUCAGCCAGAAAUAAUCUUUGGAUCCAGUUUCCCAAAAGACCAAGAGUACACCCAAAUCUGCCGCAACAUCAACAGAGUAAAGGUCUGCAUGGAGACAGGUCAAACGGUUGUUCUCCUAAACUUGCAAAACCUCUAUGAAAGCCUGUACGAUGCCCUCAACCAAUACUAUGUUUGGUUGGGAGGACAGAAAUAUGUGGAUCUUGGACUGGGAACUCACCGUGUGAAAUGUCGGGUGCACAGGGACUUCCGGCUGAUUGUCAUUGAGGAAAGAGAGGUUGUCUACAAACAGUUUCCAAUACCUCUCAUCAACAGGCUGGAGAAACAUUACAUGGACAUCCACACUGUCCUUAAAACCGAGCAGACGAAGAUUGCGGAAGAACUGGAGGGAUGGUUGAAACUCUUUGUCUCUCUCAGCAAUCAACACGCAACAGUAGCUCAGGCUUACAAGUACCAACCGCCAGACGUCUUUAUCGGCUACCACUCAGACACAUGUGCUUCAGUGGUACUACAAGUUGUAGAAACGCAGAAGGACAGUUUGGACAUCUCAGAUCCUGAGAGGAGAGUACUGGAUGAGGCAAAACUCAUACUGCUCAGAUGUGCCACACCAGACUCAGUUGUGCGGUUGGACUGCACAGGCCUUCCCAAAGUGGAGAGUGAAAAUCUGGCCAGAGUUUACUUCGAAGAGCAGAAUAACAGCUGCUUAGCCGACUUCAUUCUUGCACACACAAUGCAGGAAGUCCAUUGCCACUCCUUCUUCACAGAGGUGACGACAUUCUCCAGACUUCUGACAGCUUCUGACCUUGAUACACUAGAACAAGUGUUGAAUAGUGUUGAGCUUCUGUCACUCCAGCAGUUUGACACGGAGUACUCGUUCCUGAAGAAAAUUAGGAACUUCCUCACAGCUGAUAAUGGAAGCAGUAACACUGGACCCCCCAACAAGAUCCUCCUCAUUCAGAGUGAUUUCGACGAAGCCUCUCGCAGUGCCAAUCUCAUUGCAUCUGCAAAAUAUUCAUCCAUGAAUGAAAUCAACAAGAUAACUCACGAGAGCAACGGAAGCAGGGUGUUUGUCUACUUUAUCACCAGACUGCCAAGAAUGGAAGGAGGGACUUCCUACAUCGGCUUUCAUGGAGGCCCCUGGAGAUCAGUUCACAUUGAUGACCUCAGACGGUCAAAGGACAUUGUGUCAGACAUCAAAGCCUUGCAAAACAUGACAAUCAGCCAAAUGUUUGAAACAAAGAUGAGCCAGCCUGAAGCCAUGGAAGUGGAUGACAUGUAUACUGAGAAUGAGCAUGAGGAAGCAGAGGAAAAUGCAGAGGAAAAUGCAGAAGGAAAUUCGACUGUGCCAACCACCUACGGGUCCCGGUCAUCGUCGGUGACAGAACUCACUGUCCACGAAGUACAGUCGAAGAAGGUCCCCAAGUUUACCUCGAGCCUCACUCAGCCCACAUCCGGUCAACGCGUCACCGGGGAAUUCGUUGUAGCCGGGGCAAUUGGUAGUGGGGCGGCGCGCAGGGUCAAAAUCUCGCCGAUGCGGGUCGGGGCGACUCUGGAGGGGUACACAUUCGCAGGGGCGUCAAGCAGUACUGGUCUUACCGAACUGCGGUACUCGGGGGUCAUAUGCCGCAUCCGGGUACUAGACUUCCCUUGCUACAAACGCGUCAGGCCUUUGCUCGCUCUGGUUCGAGACUUUUUCGAAACAGAGGCUAAGGAUAAUGGUCAAAGUGGAACCGAAGCCUUCCUGGCCAGUGUGGUCACCUUGUGUAGGCGCAGUGGAAACGACUGGUAUCGAGUCUACUUGAUCCGUAAGAUCUGCAGCCAACAUGGAGUGGAGUUUGUCCUGAAACAACUCAAAGUGGACGACAUGCGCUGGCUCUUCCCCGUGGAAGUGCUGCAAAAGAGUGAAGAAGCCACCCCAAUAGACCAGUUUCUUGUGUGUGGGGACGACUACAAGAUCAUCAGGGAUGCUGUUGCAAAGGGAAUAAUGGACUGCAAAGUAGACGGACUGGACAAGAUUUGUGAGGGGUGCAGAUGCUCACCACAGGGUAAAAUAGUUAAUCUUCUGUUGGCGUUGUACAGGGAAGUCACCACUCUCUACAGGGAAGCCAAUGCUAGCUUCCACCCCAAGCCCAAGCAAUUGGAAGCCCUAAUGGCCUACAUCCAGGACUCCAAAGUCCUUGCCAGCCCACAGGUAAAGGCCUUUGCCAAAGCUCUGGUGACCAACCAGGUAGGGCCGUUGGUUGUUUGUCCCGGGGCUUCUGGUGCAAAUUGUGUGCUGGCGGACUUAACCAUUCACCUGGCAGCUGUCUUACUCAUCAAUAACCAGGGGAUCUUGGCCCCCCUGCAGCAGCUGGCCAUGGCGCCUGCCAACAUGCAGGCAGCCUUCUUGCCAACUAUGCCUGAGGACAUGUUGGCAGUGGCUCAACAAGCUAUGGGGCCGUUGCAGUGGUACAAUUGUCCAAAUGGUCACCCAUGCACCAUUGGAGAGUGCGGCCAGCCCAUGCAAACAAGUGAAUGUCCGGACUGUGGUGUUAAAAUAGGAGGCGACAACCACAUUCCUGUGGCGGGAUUUCAAGCUCUUCAGUUGCAAGGUGACCGCACUCAGACAGGUCACAUCCUCGGUGACGACAGACGCAGGGACAAUCCAGACAUGUUGGACACAAAGAGCAUGUCCCCAGUUCCCUUCACCAUGGCCCGCAUGCUCAAUCACAUGGCCAUGCUACUGGGUGCCCACAGCUGCCCACAGUCUAUCUCGGCCAUCAUCAAGCCACCAGUCCAUGACCCAGGUGCAUUUAUACUUGCUCACCUGCAAAAGGACUUGAAACAUCUCAUCAGAUCUCUGGGUAAAGGGACAGAUGACACAGUCAGCACUGUUCACCUGCUCAUCAGCAGCCUCGUGGAACCACAACAACAACAAACAUGGCCUGCUGCUUUUGACAAUCUGCUCUCCACCAAACAUGCUAGAAAUGGAUGGGAGAUGGAAGUGAGCAACACCAUCAUCACACCUCAGCUGAAGAACUUGGAUAGACGGCUUAAGGAAGUGAACAAGUUCCUCCAGGCUGAUUCUCGCGUCUCGGCCAAUCCAAUCAUGAAGCUAAUGUUUGGAAAUCCCAGCCUCUUCUUGACCUCACUUCCCCAGAACUCUCUGAUCCACGGCUCUGCGGUGUGGAGCUGCCGGGAGAAAGUGUCUCUGCUGAGCCUCACUCACAUUGUGGAGCAGAAUGAUGGCAAAGACAUGCUGCCGGUGCUCUGGAGAUUUCUGCAUAGGGAAGCGGAGCUCAGACUAGUGAAGCACCUUCCUGAUAUCCUCACGCUCCAGAGAGAUCUGGUCAAGAAGUUUCAAAACAUCACUGAGCUGACUUGUGGCACCAUUACGGAGUUCCUCCACAGUCAGAAAGCAGCUUCGCUGAAAGCCUGGUAUGAUAAAUACAUCAACAUCUUCCUAACAACCUGGAAUCAGCUCAGAGUGUCUUUGGCCACUAAUGGUGAAAUCAAGAUCCCAGCAGAGUUCUGCCAGAAUGACCUGGACCACAACAGUGACUUAAAGGUGCUGUUACCACGACGACAAGGCCCAGGCCUGUGCUCCACAGCUCUUGUCAGCUACCUCAUCGCCCUGCAUAAUGACCUGGUGUACUGUGUGGAUAAGCACACUGGAGAGGAGACCAGCUACAAAGUGAGUCCUGCCGAUUUGACUGAACUGCACGUAAUUCGGUACGAGCUGGACAGAGACCUCAUGCCCCUGGUUCUGUCCAACACCCAGUACAGCAUAGAGAAAGGCCAGGAGACUCUUCAUGAGUAUGACUUGCCCAAGAUCCAGCAACAGAUAAUCUCCCGCUACCUAUUGGGCAAACCUCUAAUCACUCUCAAUGGCAUUCCAACACUGGUGACCAGACAUGACCGCAACUACGAGGUCAUCCUGAAGGAUGUAAAAGCAAAAGUCCAGCAAGAGCCUCUUCAGACUCUCACCCUGUCUGCCAUGGCUGGGGAGCUGCACUCCUACAGUGAAGUGUGUGAGGCCUUGUCCACACUGGAAGUGGCCCUCGGUUUCCUCGCCACGACUGGGGGAGAUCCUCUCAUGCAGCUGUCCUGCUACCUGGAGGAGGUGCUGCAGAUGGGGAACCAGAUGGCUCCACAUAUCUUCAAGGCCAUGAGCAUGUGCUUUCUUAGGCAUUGUGUGGCUCUGUGGCAGCUGCUGGCCUCACUCAAAUCAGAAAAUAUGCUACGGCUCAAGAGGGAUCCAUUUGUGGAAGUCUCAGGGAAGUACAAACAGGCCCUGAGCGAGGAGGAGCACAGGCUGCUCAUCGGCUUCUUCUCUAAGAGCAGCGCUGACAGUUUCCUGCUGGAGAUGCACGAGUUCCUGGUGCUUGUUCUUAAAAAGUCCAAUGCACUUGAAACCUACAGGCCUGACUGGAGCCUGAAAGACACACUGGUGUCUUACAUGGAGCGCAAAGACCUGGACACCCCCCCUGAUGUGGAGGAGCUAUUCCCGGGGGAGAUCUGUCUGUCCCAGUAUGUUGAAGCCUGGAAGUUCAUCGUGGCCUUCAAGCAGGAGCGCGGCCAGCGACAAUGAGAAUGUGAUGAAAGGGAUGUUUUUGUGUAUGCCUUCAUUUUGUGAUACUAUCAAAUCCAUAAACUUGAAGUUUACAAUCAUGAUGAUUCCACAGAAUUGAAGUCAGUGUUUUAUUUUACACAAAUAUAUGCAGAGCUGAUGUGCCUUUUUUAGAGCACUGCUGUUAAGAUUCAUAAUGACUCAAAAUAUAAAUAUCAUAAAGAUUAAAAAAAGUGUGCAGUUCACACUCACAGCUCAGCUGUAUGAAGAAGUGAUCUUUGAAGAUUUAUUUAUUGUCUUCUAUUUUUCUAACCGCCAACAUGUUGACAGUUUCCAUACAGUUUAAAGUCUUCUUUCUUGCACUUUAGUUGUGAACAUGUCUGUCCCUAAGAGGCAGAGAACAAUCUAAAUUCUACUCAGGGACAACAUGUGGAAUACCUCUGGGCUCUGCAAAUCACUUUGACUUGAGUUACUGUACUGGAAGUUCAGUAUAAUAUAUCUUUUCACUUUGCUUAAACCAAUUGUUUUGUAAUUUCCAUCCUUUUUUUAUCACUGUUCAUUCAUGUUAUUUUGAUGUUCCUAGAAGUUGUAUUUUGCCUUUCUUCCACUUUUUUUUAUUUCAUUUAAAGCAAAAGUUUCUUCACAUAACUGUUAUGUUAUGUUCAGCAUAUUUACUGAAUACAAUAUACUCUUACUGUCUUACUUUCCUAUUUUGUUAUUCCUGGUAUGUGUGCAUGGUAAAAGAUACUGCAUAUAAUAAAUGAUUCCACCUUCUG